AUUAACAUCUGUGCUAGUGUUUACUGAUUUCUGUUUAUAAACACAUAGCUACUAACACUAUGGGUUAUGGAAGACGAAGAGCGUGACAGUUUUUUACUGAUGUUAUUUGCUAGGGAGAUUUAUGUGAAAAUCUAUGGGAAUUGUUAAGCUGUUUCGAAACUUUCACUGCCCAGCAGGUAUGAGGCAAAUCAUAUUUGCCAGUGUUUUCGAGGAACUUUUGCAUGUACCUCGUGUUUACCUGCCGGCGAGGAGAAGUGUUGGUAUUACGAAAACAGCUGCUGCAAGGCAUCGUUAUAAAACCAAGGAGAAGCAAGCUUUUCAUCAGGAUUUGGAAUCAUAUCCAACAAAAUAUGAAAAGGAAGCUGUUAUUACCUGCAAACGACAAGAAUUUAAUCACUACAAAAGUCAGACCUACAGAAAAUUUGAAGUUGUACCUUUAGCAUCAAAAGGAUGGUAUCAUAAAAGGUCCAAAGGAGAUUAUUUUAUCAUCAAUGCUUUUACAGAGAAUCCGGCAACUGCUUACUCCUCCGACACUGGACCAGUAACAUUCAAUGAUCUUGGUCUAAAUUCCAGUAUAUGCAGUGCCCUUGAAAAACAGGGAAUUACUGCACCAACUAGGAUUCAGGCAGAAGGCAUCCCUGCGGUACUAUCUGGACAUCAUACACUACUCUCAAGUGAAACAGGUGGAGGCAAGACACUGGCAUAUCUGCUGCCACUGUUACAGCAAAUACUACUGUGGAAAGAGUUUAGUGCCAGUCUAGAUGUACAACGUUGUCUAAACACUCCUUUGGGACUUGUCAUCUGUCCUGGAAGAGAGCUUGCACAUCAGAUUGGUGAUGUUGCGAAUCAAUUCAAAGAGCCCUUAGGAAUUUUGUCCAAAGUAAUUGUAGGUGGCAGAACAAAAAAGCAAAUGCUGAAUCCAGAUGUUCGUGAAGUUGACCUUCUGAUUGCCACCAUUGGAGCACUGAGUAAACUCACAACAACAGGUGUUUACAAGAUGAAUGACGUCUGUCACGUUGUUCUGGAUGAGGCUGACACAUUACUGGAUGACAGUUUCAAUGAAAAGGUGUGCCAUCUGCUGAAGCGUUUUCAGUUUUGUGGUCAUGCAGACAUGUCUACAAACCUUCCUCAAGGGACUCAGUUGACAUUAGUGAGUGCUACAAUGCCAACAAGCCUGCCAAGUAUUUUAGGACAGCUGAUUGAGGUAGACUCAUUAAAGAAGGUGACAACUGGCUCUCUGCACCAAGUGAUGACUCAUAUACCACAGAAAUUUAUUCGCUUGGGCAAGUCUCAGAAACCUGAGGAAUUGCUUAGAAUUGCAAAGUCUGAUUCAAAAUCAGGCAUUCCACUUCUUAUAUUCAGCAAUAAAUCAUCCACUUGUGACUGGAUAUCCCUCUUCUUAAAUGAGAAUGGUGUUAGCUGUAUCAAUCUCAACGGUGCAAUGCCUGAGGCAAUACGAACUGGGAAGUUCAAACAGUUCCAGUCAGAGAGAGUAAAUGUAAUUUCCUGCACUGAUAUUGGAUCAAGAGGACUGGAUACAGUGAGGGUGAAACAUGUUCUGAACUAUGACUUCCCGGUAUACAUGGCAGAUUACAUCCACCGAUGUGGUCGUACAGGUCGUGUUGGCAGCUCUAGUGGUUGUCACAUAACCAAUUUUGUGGAGGGACCACGUGAAAUCAAGCUCUGUCAGGAUAUAGAGCAUUCUGUCCGCAAGAUGAUUGCCCUACCAAAUGUGAAUGCUAAUAUAAAGAAAAUCAUAUCAUACAGACUGAUGAAAGGUCUGGGAGAGAGUUGAUAUAUUGUAUGAAAGCAAAUUCCACUACUUUAUAAUGCUGUGAUAGUUUCUCAAAUGUGUAUUUUUUUUUC